UAAAUAAACAAUUAAAAUCAAAACUUUAUCAAUGCAUUAUUACAACAAUAUAGCUGGCCUAAUUCUAAUUAAAAGUGACCUUUGAAGUAUCGUUUUAAAAAUAGACCGAGCAAUUCGUUAAUGCAGUAGUAAAAGAAAAUCAUGUAGUAAUUUAUUGAAAUUAUGGACGAAUUGUCAUUUCGAAUAUCACGAUUAUUGGAAACUUUACAAGUACGAUUAGCAUUAACCAGCGAACGAAGUAAAGCUAUUAUACAACAUGGGUCAGAGGUCGCGCACGAGAAAUUUGUAAUAUUUUGGAAUAGUGAAAAUGUAACAGUAAUUAAGUUACAUGUGAACGAAUUUCAAGAAAAGAUUUUAGAUGGAUUACAACAAUGUCAAAUAUCCUUAAAUGAAUUCUUUCAAUCACCGAUUGAAACUAUUUCAAGUUUAGUACAAUUUAUCAAAGAUGGAGAUAUAACUGUAAAUAGAUAUAGUUUUGCUGCUGGAAUACUAGUAGGAUUGUUUAUUGGUAUUUUAAUUGGUUCUAAAUUUCAAACACCGCCAAUAUGUUUGAAACUAAUGAAGUCUGUUGUUUGUUCUGGAUACAAUGGUAUUGAUAGAAUUGCCUUUGUGGACGAUAUUAUUUUACCUGCUGUCUCCCGUCCAGAUCAAGUUUUAGUUCAAGUAAAAUCUGCUUCAAUUCAUGACGUUGAUUUUCAAAUUUGUAAUGGAUAUGGUCGUUACAUUAGGAAAUGUUUAGCCACCUAUUAUGACAAUAAAAAAACUGUAUUCCCCAUUAUAUUGGGUCGAUCUUGCUCAGGUGUUGUUCUCGAUAUUGGUUGUCGAGUCAACAAAGUGGAAAUCGGUGAUGAAGUAUGGGUGACAUCACCAGUAUGGUGUCCUGGCACAAUUAGUGAAGUACAUUUAACAAGAGAGUGUUUUGUUGGUAAAAAACCAACAAAAAUUAGCUUUGAAGGUGCGGCUAGUCUGUCAUAUGCAGGUUGUAUCGCCCUAGAAUGUUUAGAUAAUAUUGGACUGAAUGAAAAAAGUGCCUUUGGAAAAAAGGUAUUCAUUGAAAAUUGUUGUACACCAGAAGGAUGUGUACUAACACAAGUCCUUAAAUCAUGGGGAGCAAUAUUAACCACAUCAAGUAGUAGUCGAGCUGCUCCUGUUUCCAAAGCGAUGGGAAGUAGUGAUAAUAUCGUUUAUACUCCAAAAGAUGAUGAGAAAAUUUCUUUGGAUGAUUUCGAAUUAAAAUUAUUAUUAAAGUCAUUAGAAUUAAAAGAACCACAAUUUGAUAUAAUUUUUAUAACAAAAAAUAGAACAAUAAGUAAAUCACAUUUAAAAAAAUAUUUAAAUAAAAAAAAUGGAAAAAUUGUUAGUACAUUGCCUAAAAUAUAUUAUUCAGAUUAUUGUUCAUCGAUAUUCAGUUAUUUUGUAUGUUUUACAUUGAAAGUACAAUACUUUAUACAGAAUGUUAUAUUUACGCCGAAAUAUACAGAAACAAGAAUGCUGGAUAUGUUACAUGAACUUGUGGAAAAUGAACAUUUACAAUCGGUUGUUGAUCAUAUAUAUCCAGCACAAAAUAUUGAACUUGCAAUCACUCAUAAAAUGUCCACUGAUGCAAUUGGUAAUACAAUCCUUAAAUUUACGUAACACAUCCAUUUUGUUUGUGAUGUAACCAAUUUUGUAGUACAAAUUAUUAUGUUUUAUUUUCGGUGCAGUUCUCUCCUUUCAUUCAUAAAUCCAUGAAUGACAUACUUCCAUACUUCAUCUAACUUAUUAUAAAAAUAGUUGAAUACUAAUCAAUUACCAUUAAAGAUUUGUAUCCACGAUUAUUGUACCCGAUUCAAGUAUAUGAUUGAAUUGACUUGGAUCAUAAUAAAAACAAAAAACAACGUGAUCGAAUAGCUUCAAGAUCGUCUGUCACAUCGCCUGAACCAUCGAAAUUAUUCAUUCAUGAUAAAUUUCAUUAACAUGGGAAAUUAUUUGUGAAAAUAUGUACCUACAUUUUGAUAAAUGUCCAGACUUCAUCAAGUUUAUUUGAAACUAUUGGAAUACAGUGAAACCUCGAUAACUCGAACCUCGUUAAGUCGUAAUUCUCAGUAUUCUCAUUUCUGGGGUAUUAAUAGUACAUAUUUACACUCUGUAACUCGAAUUCAAAAAAUCAGACUCCGUAAGUCGCAGUUAGUAAAAUAUAAUGACUUGAAAAUAUGUAUUUGAAAAUCACGCCUUUCUAAGUCGAAAUAUUAACAAUUAAACCCUCUGUAUUUCGAACUUGUUAAUAGGGAAUAUUCAUGUAUUUUUUUUAUAUUUUUAAUUCAU